AUGGGUCGUCUCGUCUACGUCCGCGAAGACCGUGAAGCCGAGCCUCGAUUCAGUAAUUCACAGACAGGAGGAGCAGGAGGCCGCGGCGGCUUCGGUGGCGGUAUGCAAGGUGGUUAUGGAGGCGGUGGCUACGGCGGAGGUGGCAUGAUGGGUGGCGGUGGCGGCGGCGGCGGCGGCGCUGGCCGCCAGAUCUACGUGUCCAACCUCCCCUACACUGUUGGUUGGCAGGAUCUCAAGGAUCUUUUCAGACAAGCUGGUAAGAAAUACCUGCUUCCUUCUUUCGCAUCCCUAUCAAGACCUCUUCUGCUCCGGUCCAGGAACGGUGCGGUCAUUCGUGCGGACGUCCAUCUAGGCCCUGAUGGUCGACCCAAAGGCUCAGGCAUCGUCAUGUUUGAAAGCCCCGAUGAUGCCCGCAAUGCCAUUCAGCAGUUCAAUGGCUACGACUGGCAAGGUCGCCAACUAGAAGUCCGCGAAGACCGGUACGCUGGAGGCCCCGGCGGUGGCUUUGGCGGCGGCUACGGUCGCGGGGGCUUCGGAGGCCGUGGAGGUUUCGGCGGCGGCUUCGGCGGUCGCGGGGGCUUCGGAGGUCGUGGAGGUUUUGGUGGAGGUUACGGCCGUGGUGGAUACGGUGGAGGCGGUGGCGGUGGCGGUGGAUACGAUGCCGGUGCCACCGGUGGUGCUCAACCUGCCGCCCCCAACCCGUUCACCGACUAUGCCACGAGCGGUACCGAUCCCAGCGAGACUAUUUACGUGCGAAAUCUCCCAUGGUCCACUAGCAACGAAGACUUGGUGGAGCUAUUCACAACUAUCGGCAAGGUUGAACAGGCUGAGAUCCAAUACGAGCCAAGUGGCCGUUCCCGCGGAACCGGAGUUGUCAGAUUCGACAGCGCCGCGACAGCCGAGACCUCGAUCUCCAAGUUUCAGGGUUAUCAGUACGGCGGCCGACCUUUGGGCCUGAGCUUUGUCAAGUACCUGCCACCCGGCGGUAGUGGCGAUGCCAUGGAUACGGACGCUCACGGCGGUCUGACCCAGGAUCAGAUCAUGUGA